CCGCCUCCCUCCCGUGCACGCAAGGCACCCGGGGGCGCCGAAAGCGACGGGGGGCGCGACCGCGUGAGCUUUAAACCCGCCCGGCCUCCCCGCCGCACUCCCCACCGCCGCUCGCCGAGCUCACCCGCCGCCGGAGCUGGACCGAGACCUCGGGGGAGCGACCCAGCGGAUCGAGCGGCUACUAGGGUUUGGGUGCCGGAUUGGUGGCGCGGAGCGGAAGGGGAUAGCGGUUGGUGGCUUGGCGCCGGAGGGGUUGGGGAUUUUUUGGAUGGUCGCGGCGGCGCCGCGCUGGAGUAGUAGCACUGGUGCCGCUCCUCCUCCUACCCAUGGGCAGGUCGUUCAGGGACUCGCUCAAGCUGCUCGAGGCCGACAUCCAGCACGCCAACUCGAUUGCUUCUGAAUUUCGAAGGGAAUAUGAUGGUGCCUGUCUUCAGAUGAGGAUGUCAUACUGUCCAGCUGCACACCUUUUCCUUUUUCUUGUGCAGUGGACAGACUGCAACCUUGCUGGUGCUCUUGGGCUGUUGAGAAUUCUCAUUUACAAGGUUUAUGCUGAUGGGACAACCACCAUGUCCACUCAUGAAAGGAAAGCGAGCAUCAGGGAAUUCUAUGCUGUAAUUUACCCUUCUCUGGCGCAAUUGCAUGAAGGAAUUAAUGAGCUGGAGGACAGGAAACAAAAAGCGAUUUGUAUAGAGAGGUAUAGAAGACGAGAGGAGGAUCACAAAAGGGUGAUCUCAGAGAUUGAUGAUAAUAUAGAGGAAGAGUGUGGCAUAUGUAUGGAAAUAAACAACAAAGUUGUCCUUCCAACUUGUAGCCAUGCUAUGUGCAUUAAAUGCUAUCGUGACUGGAGAUCAAGAUCCCAGUCCUGUCCAUUCUGCCGCGACAGCCUCAAGAGGGUCAACUCCGCCGACCUCUGGAUAUACACGGAUAACAGGGACAUAGUCGACAUGGCGACGGUCCGAAGAGAGAACCUGAGGCGUCUCUUCAUGUACAUAGAUAAGUUGCCCACAGUGAUCCCUGAAUCUGUUUUUGAGGUAUACGAUUCCCACGUAAAGUGACCUUGUGCUCUGUGCUACACCGAUUGUUCAUCAGUGGGGUGCUGCUAGUGCUGUAGACAUUGCCGGUUGUUCAUCAGUUGGGUGCUGCUAGUGCUAGUGCUGUAGACAUUUGUGGAGCCCCGGGUGCCGGUUGCUGCGAGCUUAUGAACGCUCCGAGCAGCUCGCCGGGGAGGCUCCGUAUGUUAUGUAAUGUAAGUUAAUAUAUCUAUGUAAAUUAUUGUCAGUUGUAUCCACACGGCCUGUGUGAUGUGUUAGGGGUGUCUGACGCCUUGGGCAUGUAAGGAAUGAAUCUUUUUUUUUUUUUUUUUUUUCUUUUUCUUUUGCGGGGAUGUAAGUAAUGGAUCAUUGGUUCUAGGCAUUUCGCCGAUGCUUAUUUGGAGGAAUGCCAUUCUGGAAGAAGAUGUUCUGUUUGA